AAAAAAACAUGUCAGCGGAAAAGACGACGACGAGCCCCUGUAACAAAUUUCAAGCCAACAUUUUUAAUAAAAGUAAAUGUCAAAACUGCUUCAAGUCGAGGGAGCUGCAUCUGUUGAACGACCAUGACAUGGAGCAGGCGAAACCCAUCUACGCAGGCUGGCUCUGCUUGGCCCCCGUUGGGACAGAUUUUGACAACCCUAUGCAGAGAUCGAGGAAAUGGCAGCGGCGCUUCUUCAUCCUGUACGAACACGGCAGCCUCAGCUUCGCUCUGGAUGAACUGCCGAGCACGCUGCCGCAGGGGACGGUGAACAUGAAUCUGUGUACGGACAUCGCAGACGCCGAGCCCAGGACGAGCCAGAGGAACGCUCUCUGCAUCAUCACACCGGAGCAGGAAAUAUUCAUCCGCGGUGACAACAAAGACGCCAUUAAUGGGUGGAGUGAACAGCUCGCCGUCUUUCUACGGACUAACAAGCAGAAUCAGAAGAAGAAACGUAAAGUGGACCCGGUUACCAACCAGGAACCGAGUCCAGCAAAGAUGGCUGCAACUCAUCCAAGUUUUCCGUCCGUGGAGAGCGCUGCUGCAGCAGAGUCCGGCUGCGGCCGGUGGCAGGAAGACCAGCGGGGCAGGGGACCGGAUAAAAUCCCCGUCUGGACUGUCACAGACUCAGAUCCCCCGGGCCUGGAGCAGACCCCUGCAGGCAACACAUCCACCCACCUGCGCCAGCUCUCCAGGGACUCUCUGAACUUGGAUGGUCCCGGGGGUUUCAGUAGCCAAGUCAGAUCAAUGGAAGCACGGACGCUGGCAUUGUUCAUGCUUUGCAGCUCGACUGAAAGGCUGCUGAGUUUGGAGGCCACCAAGAAAGAGCAGCAGGAAGAGGGAACAGCUGCUUCCAGGAAGGGCAGGAGUGAAGCUCGUACCAACAAGCGAGAGAAACUCCAGUCAUGUGGCGACAUCACCCAGCUCACUGCACCCCCCCCUCAACGAAGAGCCAAGUCGCUGGACCGCAGGACGUCAGACACCGUCAUGACACCGGAUUUAUUAAACUUCAAAAAGGGCUGGAUGGUCAAAUUGGAUGAAAAUGACAAGUGGAGGAAGUAUUGGUUUGUGCUUUCGACUGACAGUCUGAGAUACUACAAGGACUCGAUAGCUGAGGAGGCUUCAGAUCUGGAAGGAGAAAUCGAUCUAACUAAGUGUUAUAACGUAUCUGAGUACCAAGUGCAGAGAAACUACGGCUUUCAGAUCCAUACCCCAAAACGUGUCUACACGCUGUCGGCCAUGACUGCAGGGAUUCGCAAGAACUGGAUUCAGGCUCUGAUGAAAAACGUACAUCCGGCAAACGCUCCUGAUGUUGCCAGUCUACCAGGCCUCCACGGUCCCCCACCUGAAGCUCUCCCAAAACCAGACGUGACUCAGGACUCGUCCUCCCUUGAAAUCCUCUCAGACCGAGACUCACUCACCAAACCCAAGAGUGUGAUGGAGCGACGACGGGAAGGACGCUACAAAACCUUUGACUGGGCGGAGUUUCGGCCUCAGAGGAAACCGACGCCGGACUCAGAUCCUCAGAAGAGUAAAGCUCUGUGCUCGCUGGAGCAGAGCGACCUGGAGAGGAGGAAGAGGAGGGAGGAGAGGAGGAAGAGGUAUGAGAGCAUGCUGGGUUUCCCUCUGGGAUGGGAGGCGGUUGGAGAUGACGGCAGAGCGCUGAGUCCAAAAUCACAACAGAGGAUGGAGGAGGAGAUGGAAGAGUGCUGGAUGCAGGUGGAGAAGACCGUCUUCAGACUGGAUAAGAGCGUCCCGCUGUAUAAUGAAGCUAAAGACACGUCGGUGAUGGAGAAGCUGCUGGACAGCUACAGGAAGGGGGUUGACGAUCUGAAGGCGCAGCUAGAAGAUUCGGAGCGUCGCAAACUGGAGCUGGAAGCUCAGCUGAGCACCGCAGGACAUUAUCAGCAGCAAGUCUGCAAAUCGCUUGAAUCCUCGCCAAGUUCUGAAGCAGAUUUUUUCCUGCUGGACACGAAUAAAAAACCAUUAAACAACCACACACAGAGUCUGAAUGAUGCAAACAGACAGACUAGAGAGCUCUUAGAGCAGCAGGACGUUAUCAGACAGGAGCAGCUCAGUCCUGCACCUCAACAUACACCCAGCAUCUGGCUGCAUGACACAGAGGGAAAUUUCCAGGAGCUUGGAGAUCUUCUUCGUGACUGUCCUGAGGGGGUAGCCACACCUUUACUAUCACCUGCGUCAGACGGCACAGACUUAUUAUCAGAGAGUGACAAACAGACCGUGGGAUUGAAUUUAGAUGAUGUAAUAACCAACGAGCAGAAUCAGCAACACAAAGAGGACUGUCAGCUGUUUCCGAGCUCAGAGAGUUCAAGUUCGCUUAUUUUGGAGAGUCCCACGGAGAGAGACGACGCCUCGCUGAGCUGCUGUGUGGAGCAGCACAUACCUCCAGACCAGGCCAUACUGAGGAGGCUCUCCCAGGAAGUGGAGCUGCUCACGGGUCAGAACGAGGCUCUCAACCAGCGAAACCAGGAGAUGUUAAACCAGCUGACGGAGGCGGACCGGGAGAUAGAGAGGCUGAAAGUGGAGCUCAGCAGCAGGUACACUGAGCCCCAUCACCUGCCUGAAGUGGAGCAACUGGAACAAACUCGAGUACAAGAUCUGGAGAGGGAGCUGAGUAUGAGAGAACAGCAGCUCCAGGAGGCCCAGACGUUGAUCACCUCCCUGGAGGAAAACCUGAGGGACACGGAGGCGCUGCUGCAGCUCGGCGUCCCGACAGAAACAGACGAAGCGGGACAGGAGGAAAGCGACUGCGCCAAGAAAGCGGAGGGAUACCUGCUGAGGUGUUUCGAAGCUACCGAGGCUAAACUGUUGGAGCUGGAGAGGCAGCUCGACCAAUCUCAGUCGACCUGCAAGAAGCUCCAGGAGCAGAACUGUGAGCUGAAGGAAGCGGAGAAAGUUUACUGCGAGAAAGCGACGGAGACCGAAGCUGACAUCUGGAAGCUGAGUGAAGAUUUAGAGAUGGAGAAGAAGUUGAAAGAAGGCGAGAGGAACGGAUCUGUGUGUGCUGAGGAAAGGAUCCAGCAAGUGAUAGAGGAGAUGAUCAUGAGGUUGAAAGCUUUGGGGAGAUUACUGGGAGUUAUUGACAGGUUGGAUUUAGACACGAUGAAGAGAUCGACAGAAAGUGAAGAGGAGAAGCCCACGGUGGUCAGUCAGCUGAGGUGGGAGGAAGAGUUUUGGGAGUCGUUGCUCAGGGAAGUGAAAACCAAAACCUCCCAGCUGAGUGAGGAGAAAGACGUAGAGAUGCUUCUCGGCGAGGUGACAGAAUAUAUGAUAGCGGAGAAACAAAUGCUGCUUUUAGGCCACGAUUUACUUUCUGAGACGGACGAAGAAGUGGAAGAUUCGGAGGGGACGCGUGAGGGCGAGACUUUGAAAGGUCUGGACGUUAUUUGGAAUACGGCAAGUGUGACGGCGACGGAAACCGAGAAGAUAGACGAAAGAGGGAUGGAACAUUUCAGAGUUAUAACACAGAUUAGAACUUCUUUACUGGACUACAUCGCCUCCUCCGUCAGCACAUCUGCUCGCGACAAACUCCAGUCGAUGGCCGACAAGUUUUCUGACUUCCUCUUUGGCUCGGAGCGUCCUUCGUUUCAUUUCAUCCACUCCGCGGCGACCGAAGCGCUGUACUGCUGCCACAUUAGCAGGCUUCAGGCGAAAUACCAAAGAGAGCUGGAAGAAACCAAACAGAGACUGCUCACUCGCUCUCUCAUCUGCAGCAACUGCGUCGACCUGACGGAGGAGAACGAGGAGCUAAGAGCGAAACUGUCAAACCUAGAGGAGCAACAGAUUUCCUCGUCGAGCGAAAAGAUGAACACGAGCUGCCAGACGGAGGAGAUUUACCUUCAAGACAUAAACACUGAGCUUCAGAUGGCAGAUGAAAGUGCGGAGGGAGAAAACGUACCCGAAACACCAGAGGAGGAGACGCUCAGCUGUAUGGAGAUCUCAGGUGAAACGGAUCAGAGCGAGCAGGUUUUAGAGCUGAGAAGAAGAGUGGAGGAGCUGGAGGAGCAGCUGUCGGUCGUAGCAGAGCAGCUGAAAGAAGAGUUUGAUGGUAAAAUGAGGUCGGCUCAGAUGCAACACGAGAGGGAGUUGGAGAAGCUCAAGGCCACGUGUGAACGCGGCUUCGCCUCCAUGGAGGACUCUCAUGUAAAGGUGGUGGAGGAGCUGCAGCGCCGACACCAACAGGAAGUGGAGCGCCACCUGUUGGAGAGAGACAGACUGCUGGAGGAGGAGAGCGCUGCGACUGCCAUCGCAAUCGAAGCCAUCAAGAACGCUCACCGCCUGGAGCUGGAGAGAGAGGUGCAGCGGAGAAGUCAGUCAGAGAACAUCACAGGAGACACAAACCUGGAGGAUGUAUUCAGACGACACGAAGAGGAGCUGGCCUCCUACCAGCGGGAGCUCGAGGUCUUGUCCCAGCAGUUCUCUCUGAAGUGUCUGGAGAACGUUCAUCUGGUUCAGGCUCUGGAUGCCGAGAGGAAGGCCUUGUGUCAGUGCCAGCAGGAGAACCAGGACCUGAGGACCAGGAACCAGGAGCUGAGCGGUCACCUCGCAGCAGAGAUCACCAGACUGUGCUCGCUAGCCAAACAGGACGCUCUGCCGCUCAGCCAGGGAAUGGACGCCUACGAGAUGGAGAUCACGCUGAGAGUGAAAGAGUCCGAGGUCCAGUGUCUGAAGCAGAAGAUCACGUCACUGAAGGACGAACUGCAGUCGGCACAAAAGGACAAGAGGAACGUUACAAAAAAGUACAAGGACGUCUACACCGAGCUGAGCAUCACGAGAGCCAAAGCUGAGAGAGACAUGGACGAGCUGAGAGAGAAUCUGAGGCUGCUUCAUCAGGCUCUGAGACAUACUUCACCAUGA